UGUACGUCAUCAAGACAGUUAUCACAGAUGUUUUUGACAAAUGACAUUACAUAUGUUUUCUUUCAAUAAGUUACUUAAAUUGCGUGUUAUGAAACCAAAAAAUUAUUUACCAAAUAAAAAUAAAUAAAAACAAACAAAAGAUGGCAACGAAAACUAUUGCAAGUGCCACAGUAAGGGCUGUAAAGAAACGAGUACUUGCUACACGAGCUGCUCUUGUUCUUACACCUUCAGCCGUAAAUAAAGUAAAGGAGAUUAUGUCAAAGGAAGAGGCCAAGGGCUAUAUUGGCUUAAAAGUGGGUGUCCGACAACGAGGUUGUAAUGGCUUAUCUUAUACAUUAGAUUAUGCAAAGACUAAAGACAAGUUAGAUGAGGAGGUUAAACAAGAUGGAGUUACUAUCAUAAUAGACAAGAAAGCUCAGUUAACAUUGUUAGGAACUGAAAUGGACUUUGUAGAAGAUAAACUAUCUGCUGAAUUUGUGUUUAACAAUCCAAAUAUAAAAGGAACAUGUGGUUGUGGCGAGUCAUUUAGUAUAUAAAAAAUAAAUUUGUUGAUCUUACAAUUCUAUCAUCAUGCCAUCCCUUACAGGAUAGGCAGAAAAGACUAAAGAGAAUCUUUAAUAAAAACAUUAUAAACCUUUUUUGUUACCACAUAUAGUCCACUUAAAUACAUUUUUAAAAGUCAAGCUUAUUAGGCUAAUAGUAAUAUUUAAUUGCUACACAUGUGAUAAUAGUUAUCAUAUGACAAAUUGGUGAUCUCAUACAAUACACAACUUGUACUGCUGUUAUGCUAAUAAAAUUAUUAUUUUAUAUCUGUAUAAUAAAAAAUUGUAUUUAAGAUAUAUACAGAGUUGAUUUUGAAGUGUAAUUCUCUAUUUCUAAAACAAAAAUUUUACUUUAAUAAACAAUAUUUAUUCAAAUUAAAUAAUUAUUUUUAUAUUCAUACACAGACACAUUUACUUUGUUUAGAACAUAUAGUUUUGUUAAAGAACUAUAUUAAAAUUAUAAAUUUAGGUAAUAAUGCUUCACAAUCAACUCAUUAUGAUAUAAAUACAUUAAAAAAUUCAAGAAAAAAAAAUUGUUUAAUAUAUUUCAUUCUAUCAACAACAAGAAUUUUAAUAAGGAUUUGAAAUAGGUUAAAAUUUUGUUUAUAAUGAUGUAUAUAGUUUUAUUAGUUACUGUAUUAAAGUAUACUUUAGUAUAAAAUGUUAAUACUUAGAUAAUUUCUAGUGAGUGAAUAAUUAUACAGUUUGUAAACUGUAAUUUUCUUAUUUUUUUGUAUUGAUAUCAUUAGUCACUAUCUAGUUUGUUUCAAUAUAACUUACUGAAUAUAUAAAAAUGGAAUAAUUGACUUGCCAAUAAGAUAGUCUCCUGGUCUUUAAUGUAAACUAUAAAUAAAAAAUAAAUUAAUAAAUGUUUUAAUUUGUUAUCAAUUUAAAUAAGUAAGUUUUUCUAUGUGUGCCGAACAAAAUGGAAUGUAAUGUAAAGUUCUACUGAAACAGACUAGUCAUGGAAAAACUUGUCACCAGAGGAUGCUACCUUUAAACGUUAUAUCUGGCCUAGACAUUGGGGACAAUUCUGAGCUUUUUUUAAUGGGUAAUAAUAAAAUGAUAACUCCACCUUUGCUAUUAGUAUAUGGUGACAGGGCAACAAUGGGAGAAGAAGGGAUUGUUAAUAGUGGGGAUUAGUAGCCCCUUUGCUAGUAAUAUACUAUAUCAGGUCAACCUUCUCGUAGUUCCCCCUGGAAACCAUCAUUAUUUAUUUAUUGUUGGAUUCAUCACAGUGGACUAACUGGCCUUUUUCAUCCUCACCUAUCAUCCCUAACUCAAGCCCCGCCAGUGUAUACCAAUAGUGCAGGAUUACCAUUCUAUUAUUAUCCAUAAAAAAAAAAGAAGGGGCAACAAUGAGAGACAAUAGAUACAGAUGGAAACAAGUCAACUGGCUUAUCACGAUGAAUUCAACAAGAAUUAACUACAAUGGUUUUGAAAGGAAACCACUUUAAGGUGGAGUUUUCGGACUCUAUUACUAACAAUCCAAUUCUUCUAUAAUUCUGAGCUACAUAGGCGCCAUUUCUCUAAACUAAUCUGAACUAUAAAGCAAUCUCUAAAAUUAAAAUGUCAAUAUAAUGUCACAGCAAAUUCUUUAUUCUAUACACCAUAAAAUAAAUUGCUAAGAGAUUUAUUUUAAAUUAACUUUAUUAACUAUAUUUAGAUUAUGUAGAUGUAGCAUCAAGCCUCAUAAACAAGUCAACUUUUUGUCAGCUAAUUGUCAAAUUAACUAACUCAUUUUGUUAUCAGUACUCUAUAUAAUUAUGCAUAAAAUUUA